UGUUGCUUGGCUGCCUAUUGCUUAGCGACGGGCCGCGCGAACAGUCGUGGACGAAAGCAUUGAUUUCCAGACUCCGGUCGAUUAAAACUCUGUUCGGCCCCUCCUGUAGAGAUUUGCUGUGUUGUCCAGGAAUGUCAUGUGCCCCACACUGGAGACCAGCACUCCAUGGAUGAGUGUGAAGGAUCCAUAUGAAACUUUCAUGCAACAGCAUCUCCAGCACUAUGGCCUCUUUACAGGGAGGAAUGCUGGAUACCAGAGGACUUUUGAAUCUGUGCCCACCUGGGAGAAACACCAUGAUUACCUACUGUCAGAAAAUAUCUCUGUAGAUAGUAAUGAUUCAGACACCGGAUCAUCUUCUAAGCAGGAAGAAACAAAGGGGAAGCACUACUCCUUCUUGCUGGAACAAGACCUUUUCAAGACAAGACAAUUGGUGUUUGACUUCCACGAAGGGAAGAAGGUACCACGUCUGCGAGAACCCCGCAGUCUGUUUGCUGUGCCAUCACUGAGCGCUCCUAACCAGAAACCACGCUGGCCAUUAGAAUGUGAGGUCAUCAAGGAUGAAAUAUGCCAUAUAGAUUGGAAACCUCCUGAGCCCGAACCAUUCUACCAAGUGACGGGUUAUGAGAAGACCCCCAUGUGUGUAGGAGAAGGAAAGGGAAAUGUUGUGUACUGCAUUGACCCAGCCACCAAGAGCCCUUAUUUCACAUGUUCCCGUGCCGGAGGAAGCCGUGGUCCGAUUAAGGAUGCCACUGUCUUUGUAAAAGAAAAAGAUGGCAUCUUGUUGUUUGAGUCUCGCUUUGAAAGUGGUAACCUUCAAAAGGCUGUCAGAGUGGGCUUGAAUGACUAUGAGCUGACACUCCAGACUGAUCUCUACACUAAUAAGCACACACAGUGGUUUUACUUUCGAGUACAAAACAUGAAGCCAGGAAUCACAUACAGAUUCACCAUUAUCAACCUGAUGAAGUCAAAUAGCCUCUACAACAUGGGGAUGAAACCACUAAUGUACUCUGAAACUGAUGCUCUUUCAAAAAAGAUUGGGUGGAGGAGAGUAGGCAGUGAGAUUCGAUAUUACAAAAACCAAAGUCUGGAAGGACUGCACUCACUCACCUGGACUUGUCAAUUUCCAAACCAAGGAGACACUUGCUACUUUGCACACUGUUACCCCUACACAUACACAGACCUACAGCGCUACCUGAAUGAGAUCUCCAAUGACUCCCGGCGAUCCCAGUAUUGCACAGUCCGCUCACUGUGUCGCAGUUUGGCAGGCAAUACUGUGUAUGUGCUGACCAUAACAUCUCCUUUUCAGAAUGCAGUUUUUACUGCAGCCAAGAAGGCAGUGGUUGUCACCGCCCGCGUUCAUCCUGGUGAGACAAACAGUUCAUGGAUGAUGAAGGGAUUCCUGGAUUUUAUCCUGGGGGACUCUCAUGAUGCAGAGAUUUUGAGAAACAUGUUCAUCUUCAAGGUUGUCCCCAUGCUAAACCCCGAUGGAGUCAUUGUGGGCAACUACCGGUGCUCCCUGACUGGACGUGAUCUCAAUCGCAACUAUAAGACCAUCCUGCAGAAUGCCUUCCCUUGUGUGUGGCAUACCAGGAACAUGGUAAAGAGACUAUUGUCAGAACGAGAGGUAAUCCUGUACUGUGACUUCCAUGGGCACAGCAGGAAGAACAACGUCUUCAUGUAUGGUUGUGACAACAAGAAUAGCCCAAGCAUGCGGCUACAGGAACGGAUUUUCCCUCUGAUGAUGAGCAAGAAUGCAGCAGACCAAUUUUCUUAUAAAAGCUGUAAGUUCAGGGUCCAAAAGAGCAAAGAGGGUACUGGACGUAUUGUGAUGUGGAGGCUGGGUAUUGUCAACAGUUACACCAUGGAGUCCACUUUCAGUGGGUCUACUUUAGGUAACAGGAAGGGAACUCAUUUUACUACAGAAGACCUGAAGUCUUUAGGUUAUCACUUCUGUGACACUUUGCUUGACUUCUGUGAUCCGGAUCAAACCAAGUCCAGGAACAUUAAGGCCAUGCUGAUGCCACAGCGGCAGUUUUCUCAGUGUCUUACUGAGAUUGGUGAGAGGCUAGAGCAGGAGAUCCUCAGCAAGAUGGAGCGACUAGGGAAGGAGAUGAACCAUGAUACACAUCUGAGUGAUGUAGAACUCUCUGAUAUUGAAUCCAGCACAAGUGGCUCCAAUAGUUCAGAGUCUGAUGGUCUACCGGUACAUCUGAUUGACCUUGCCCGAAAGCUUAAACAGAAGAAAAAGAAACUGAAAACAAGGAAAGAGAGAAACAAGCUCCAUCAUGGUAGCCAGGUCAGGAAGGCUCUGUUCAACAGCAGUAAGACCACGGAGAAUGUCUCUGCCAGCAGUGCAAAAGCUGAAAAGUCUGCACUACAGGAUAGACCUUCAGGUGACACCCAAGAAAAGAAAGCAGAGAAGUUCCACUACACUCAAAGAGAUCGCAUAGCCACUUCACGUACCUGGGUAUCCUACCCGACCACUGGGAUUGCUGUAAUUGGGGAGGUGAAUACAUGGAACAAGACACCUGAGAAGACCUCGUACCUGGAGGCAGUCACAGCUGCAUAUCUGCGUGGGGGUGGAGUGCUCAGCUCUCCAGGCAAGACAAGUUCUCCUGACAACAGUCCACUCAGGUACUGCAGUGGACGAGCUGAUAUCACCCAACAUCUUUCUGUCCAGCCGAACUGUGCCACACAUGGCGAGUUUGAAUGGUGUAGCCGGAUCUGUUGUAGGCAUCAGUCUAUGUCCCUGGUUAAGCAGAUGCCUCUGCAACGACAGCUGCUCCCGAUGACCUCUGUCCAGCAGCAGAAUUUCCUUGUCCCACCAGCCAGAGAGAGAGUGUCCCCCCUGAGACAGCAUCCCCUACCUUUUGAUGCUAAGCUUGAGACAGGGACUGCAGAUCAGCUAAUGUCAUUACAACCAACACUGAAAAGAGGAAGAUCUGCGUCACUCCUGAAACCUCCCAGUGCUGUAUUCCCAGAGAGUAGACUACCUACCCAAGGUCAACAUAUGAAUGUCACCCAGGAGUGGCCAAUAUCUAGUGCUGCUUUCCUUUCCCAGUCCUCACUAAUGACUGAAGCUGUACCAGUGAAUCAUGCAUCACGAGUACCAAUGUCACAGCUGUCUGUGAAAUACCUCACUACAGAAGCUCGUUCACCAGAAUCGAGUGUGAUGAAGGCACCACAGAACACCAUCCAAAAAGCUUCUGAUGUUAACAACAUUUGCACAUCCCAAACAGAUGCGCUUGAGACCAAGCCAGCCCUGCAACCUUCGUCUUUCCUCCCUGGCAUAAAAAAGCCAGAAAUGACCAAGCAGAGACUGAAGAGAAGCAACACCAAUACUUCCAGCAUGGGGGACAAACUGGAAGGUUUAGAGGUAGAAGAUAGAAAACCUGUCACACGGACAUCCAGCAUUGAGAAAUUACCAGAGGGAGAACUGUCUGCUACUGCUCUAGAACGAAGGUCUACCAAACCUCAUCCUGAGGAGAUGUCUGAAAUUACCCCCCUGAGAAGUACAUUCUCUGUUGGUCAGUCAGUCCCCCGGCAUCAGCAGAAGUCAGAGCAGCAGAGAGAAAAGACUCAUAAACUACAGAUGCUAUCACUGAAGAAACCUGCAGGGAAGCUUCCACCACCAAAAGGGAUUGCCGGCACAGUACUACCCAUCCGUGACGGGAAUCGGGAGCAGGGCACUGAGAGGCUGGUCACCAAAUCUCUAAGCACUGUUAACAAGAUCAAUGCUCCAAGUGAAGGAGAUGGCACAUUUGAAGAGGGGAAGUGUCGCGGUUCAGUUAUAGACCAACAGGGAGUAGCCUUUCCGUCUACUCGGACCAUCCCAUUUCAAGGAGAUCAUCCGAAUGACUUUCCCAGUCUCUCCCAUGAUGACACUCCAUUCUUUGCAAAUGGACAUAUAAAGGCAGAAGCUACUAAUGUUUCAGUUGAAUGUUCUCAGGUAGCAGCUCCAUCAGAUCUUGUUGGUCUCUUUCAAGAAGGGACUCUACCUCACCCAGGCUCACACUUUCACAAAGAAAGUACAUCCAUCCCAAAAAGUGAGCUGCCAGACAGUGAACCCUGUGAUCCAGUCCAUCUCUUACCACCUGAGCCAGACUAUACUUCAGUUCGAGGCGUCAGCCGGCAGAGCAUUUCAACCUCGCUUCCAACAAGACGUUCUCAGAGACACUUGCAGCAAAGUUCUCUAGUAGAAGCCCUUAAAGGCAAACUGUCUUCUGUAAAUCUUGGGGAGGAUGGUGAUUGGGAAGCAACACCUGAGAACUUUUAGCUGAGGUGCACAUUUCUUUGGCAGAUGCAGACUCUGGGUGAAGUGUGACACGUUUAUACUAGAUGGUCAUUGUCUGAGCCAGUUUUCAAUUCUUUAAUACUGAUGUAUUAUUUUAUUUGCAUGCAGCCAUAUUUGA